AUGGCGACGGCAGUCAUUCCUCCACCCUUCACAAUUACAGCCAAUGACAAGCGCGGCUUGAUUGUCGUCACAGUAGCAUUGGUUUUAGCCUUUGUUUGGCUCUGCUCUUUGAUCAGGAUAUGGCUUCGAAUCCAAGGACGGGACUGGAAAGUUGACGACUGGUUGCUGGCAACUGCCACGUUGCACCACCGCCACAGUCCGCUGACGCCGCACAAGCUGGUACACACAGCCCAGUCAGGCAUAAUUCUUCAUUUAGUCGAUCUAGGCUUGGGAUUAUCAAGAGAUGCGAUAUCUGCGGAGCAAGCGGAGCAAUUUGGAAAGGAAGCCAUUGCUUCACAAAUCUUCUAUAUCUGCACUCUGUUGCUCUCAAAAUGCUCCGUCCUAUUCCUGUACGUUCGCUUGUCGCCGGGCGGGGCUCACAAGGUCAUGACAUUUGCGACUCUCGGAGCCUCUUUCGUAUGGGCUAUAUUAGCCAUCAUAUUGAUAGUGGUCCCAUGCAACCCAACGCAAUACUAUACGCACCCUGAAAAGUGUACCAACAGAUGGUCGAAAUGGCAAGCAAUCGGCUCACUCGACAUCAUAACAGAAGCCUUCAUCUUCGGCAUUGCGUGUCAGAUGGUCUGGUCACUACAAAUGAAGUUGAAGUCUAAGAUCUUCGUGGUCGUCGCAUUUUCCGCUCGAUUACCCGUCAUAGCCAUUGCUGGUACAAGGCUCUACUAUCUCCACCGUCACUUCCUCGGCAAGACCGUCACAUUCGAAUACUUAGUGGCGACGCAGUGGCAAAUGGGUUAUGCGAUAAUGUCCUCAACAAUCACUGGCAUGGGUCCGUUUAUACGACCCUUCAACAAGGAGUACCAGUCGAGCUAUGCCAAAAGCAAGUUUGGAUAUGGGCAUAGCUCAUCUCGAGGGCCAGAUACGCUCCGCAGUACAAGAGCGUCGGCGGUACCUCAGCGGGCUUCAUGGCAGUCUGAGGGCUAUCUCAUGGAAUCCAUACCAUCGAGCCGUGGCAGUCGAGUCACAACAUCAGAUGGCCCUGAAAUGAAUACAAUCGAAGAAUCUUCAGCCACGGAUGCGCCUGCCACUUCAACGACGCCUGUCCCAGCUACCUCUCAUGUACCCAAUAUCUUGAAAGCAGACGCCAAUUUUAGACCGAUUGAUGAUGUGACAAGAACAGAUUGGGAAGUCUGGGUGGGUGAUCGAACAAUGAGUUUUGGAGGGGACGAAGACAUGAAUCCAAAACGCAAAGAAGACAGGGGAUUGGUUAUCAACAAGAGGACGCAGGUCAAAAUUGAAGUUGAUCGAGCCAGUUGCGUGAUAUAA